GUUAACGAAACUAUCCAGUACAGCCAUGUCCCGUAUCGGUGAUCAAUGUAUUGAUCGAUUACAGCGUGUAUGACAGCGUCUAAAGCAUGCGCUGAAGUAAUAAUAUUUGUAAAACCUUUUACAGCAGUUGUACCCUUGAAUCCGAGUCUACUGAAUCGGGUCUGACACCAUGCUCCCCACAGUGACUGCUGUGGUUAGAUUUACUCAAUACAAUGGCAGUGUUUCACCUACACCAUUGGAGAACACAUCAACAUUCCCAACUUGGCAACCUGAUACUGGAGCCAACAUCUCAAAGCCUCACAAAUGUCUACAAGUUCUGUACGAGGACAUUGGAGACUCCAGGGUGCGGUUCUGGGACAUCUUACUCCUCGUGCCUAAUGUGGCCUUCUUUGUAUUCCUGAUGUGGAAGCUGCCCUCAGCCAGAGCAAAGAUUCGACUCACCUCCAGCCCCAUCUUUGUCACCUUUUACUUGCUGGUGUUUGUUGUAGCGGCGGUUGGAAUCACCCGGGCUGUAGUGUCCAUGACCGUCAGUGCAUCCAGUGCUGCCACCAUCAUAGACAAAGUGCUGUGGGAAAUCACCCGUUUCUUCUUGCUGGCUAUUGAGCUUAGUGUGGUAAUUUUGGGACUGGCUUUCGGUCACCUGGAGAGCAAGUCCAGUAUAAAGCGAGUGCUGGCUAUCACUGCCGUGCUGGCUCUGGGCUACUCCAUCACACAGGGCACUCUUGAGAUCCUGUAUCCAGACAGUCACCUUUCUGCUGAGGACUUCAACAUCUACGGUCACGGAGGACGGCACUUUUGGUUGGCCAGCUCCUGCUUCUUCUUCCUGGUGUACUCUUUGAUUGUGAUCUUACCGAAAACUCCAGUGAGGGAGAGGAUAUCUCUUCCAUCCAAGAGAAGUUUCUAUGUCUACGCUGCCAUCCUGUCUUUGCUGAACCUGGUCCAGGGCCUGGGCAGUGCUCUGCUAUGUGCUGGGAUCAUAGAGGGCCUAUGCUGUGUGGAUGUCACCACCUUCCUGUACUUCUCCACCUUUGCACCGCUCAUUUAUGUCACAUUCCUCAAGGGAUUCUUUGGUUCAGAGCCCAAGAUCCUGUUCUCCUACAAGUCACAGGUGGAUGAGCCGGAUGAAAGUGACGUCCACCUUCCUCCGACUGUCGCUACAACCCUUGGACGUAAGGAGCUGACUGACCAGGGCCUCUUUUACUCCUCCACCCAGAUCGAUGGCUCUGGUCCAGGCAGCUCUCGUAUGGUUGGAGCAUACCUGGAUGAUGUUGCCUCCGGACCCUAUGGGUCCAGCAGCAUUAACAGCAUCGAAGCUGACCGCUGGAGACCUAUUAAUGUGUGAAUGAAUGAAGAGGAGAUUGGAAGAAGUGAGGUGGUUAUACAUUGGACCUUAAUGUUGUUUGUGUGUGUAGUGUGUAAAGCAGGGUGGCCCAAAAAAUGCAGCACACAGUAGUUGGACACCGUGAACGGGUAAUCUUGGUCUUGCUUUGAGGCCAGGGUAAGUUAACAAGCGGACACUUAAAGAGAGACCUUUGCUAGCCAAUUAUCUGGAGGACUGUGAAUUUAGCAACUGCUUUUGUAACACUGUUGCCAGAGUGCACUGCUGCUGUAGCUCCACACUAGGAGUUCUGUCUCUGUGGCCCAGACAGACUUCGUAUUGAUUCUGUUCAACGGGCUUGUAAAUGGGGGAGUUUACUGACUCGUCUCAGCACAUUUUCUGUCAUUCCAGCAUCUUGCAACAACUGCUCAGUCUUCAACAAUGAAGUUUAAUCCCACUUAAUUACCCAAAUCUUUAAAAUCUAACAUUCUUUUGAUGGCAACUCACCAUUUUUACAUUCCCACUAAAAUCUUUGAGUAACAGCGUUUCAUCUGACUUUGUUAUCUGCUGACAAGUAUUAGAUUUGUGACUCAACAGGCUAAUCAUUUUUUACUGAAUCACCGUGCCUCUUUACACAGGAAUACUUUGUCUCCUGAAAUAGACGCUGUCCCUCCUGUGAACAAGUCAAAGGUGUUAACGUGAUGUGUGUCACUGCAAUGUGAUAAGGAAAUGAGUAACCCCUAAAUACAGACAUUGCGUUCACGCUGAACAUCAAAAACCAUCUUUCUCUCCUCUUAUUUAUUUUUAGCUUCGGCUUUAAUUUCUUGAACCAGAUUAAUCAUUCCUGCUUCUAAACGCACAUUUUGUAAGCUUCAUAGUCAUUAAGAUGCAUUAUUAGGUAUGUAAUUUGAACAACAAAUGUGCAUGAAGCUUUUUUGUGUACUCCAAAUUAGACAUGCCCUCAUUCUAUAUCAGCAUAUCUAGUUCAGCUCUGCUUACUGCAAAAGGGUUGCUGUUCCAGUUUUAUUUUUCUGCAAUUAUUUUUUUUUUUACUCUGUUCAGAUUUUCCAAAAAUGUAACAAGUAUUCAAAUGAGACCAUAAACAAUAUAUUUAAUUUGAUAGUAUCAAAUGAUGGUAUUGAUACAGUUUAAUUAACACAGAUUUUAACUAGAUAUUAAGAGAGGCUAAGACAACUGCUACGCCAAAGACGUGUAAUUUUAAGAUGGGUUAAAGUAGAGAAGUACUCGACUGUCACAGAGCAAAUGUUCCACUCUGAUCAGUUUCGGGCUUGAGUUGUUUUCUUCUUAAUUCAGCUCAUGAAAACAGUUCUUGUCAUCCCUCUUGGUAUUUCUACAUUAUCAUACUUCAGUCUUUUUAAAGCACCACACAUCACAUUGACUUAUUCCUACCAAGGAAAUGUAUUGUAUGUGACUUUCCUGCUGAAAUUGCUAUAUGUUCGGUAUGAAUGGAUUACUGUAUUUAAGCUAGCAGUAUUCAUAGAUAGUGGUGACUUUUAUGCAGCAAAUAUAGAGAUGCAUUUAUUUUUUCAUCAUUUUAAAGCAACAACGCAGUAACAAAGUUGUGUAUUUCCAAGAAAUGACAGUAUUUGCCUGACUCUUAGAAAUAUUAUAUAUUCAAAUUUGAGUGCCGGUGAUAACUGCUGUAUAACUUGGAGUUAGAAUUGUGGUUGGGAAAUCAGUUUGCUGAUUCAUAACACAAGGUGGUUCAUUAUUGAGGUCCUCUCUCUUGAUAGACAAGAUUUUUGAUGUUGAAAUCAUUUUGCAAAUGAUCUGUAAAUUGCCUUUUUAUUUAAGUGCAUUGAUUGUAUAAUAUUCAGCCCAUAUUAAUGCAAUGUAUUGAGCAUUCCGUGACCAACUGAAUAAACCAUGGACUCUUU